AUGAAGGAGCUGAGCUCCAGUCUUCAAGACACAUGCAGAGAAAGCGUCGAUGAUCAUAUAGAAAAACAGUAUUUCAUGGGUAAAGACGGAAUAACUCGAUGGGAUGUGCAACCACCCCCGCAAACUCAACAUCGUCAUCACAAUGUAUUUAGUGAAACUCCAGGUCCAAAACGUCCAGCAAAAUUGUGUCAAACUCCGCUUCAAUGUUGGGAAUUAUACUUUCCUGAUAGAAUUAUCAAUCGACUCGUUGAAUUCACGAAUUGUAAAUUAGAAAUCAUCAAGGCAAAAUACGUGAGAGACAGAGAUUGUCCUCCCACCGAUGCAAUGGAGCUUCGUGCAGUUUUUGAUCUGCUCUAUCUGAGUGGAAGCAUGAAAAUGUCACACGUUCAAGUUAAUGAUUUAUGGGCAGAUGAUGGUAUUGCCCCUGAGUUUUUUAGAGCUACUAUGAGGAGCAAUCGAUUCCUCCUGCUUCUGAGGGCAUUGAGGAUAUCGGAGGCAUCCUAUACUGCUGGAGAGUGCGUCACAAUCGAUGAAAUGAUGAUGGCAUUCAGGGGUCGGUGCAGUUUUCUGCAAUAUCUUCCAUCUAAACCAGACCCAUAUGGGUUGAAAAGUUUCGCAGUUGUCGAUGCUAAGACUUAUUACACAAUCAAGAUGGAGAUCUACGCUGGCAAGCAGCCUCCAGGUCCGUACCAGGUUGAUAACAGUGCUGCAAGCGUAGUGCAGAGAAUUUCGGAGCCUAUUGUCAAUGCAGGGCGUAACAUCACCAUGGAUAACUAUUUUACAUCGAUGAAGGUUGUUGAUAGCUUACGGGAAGAUGCUCGCACAUCAGUUGUAGGUACACUGAAAAGGAAUAAACGCGAAAUUCCUCCCGUGUUUAUUGACACAAAGAAACAAGUACUUUACUCUAGUAAAAUUGGACAUAGUAACGGGAAAGUUCUAGUUUCGUACAAAGCCAAAAAGAAUAAGACAGUUUUGAUGAUUUCUUCGAUGCACGAUACUUGUCAUAUCGAUCCAGCCACUGGAAAUCGGAUGAAGCCUGAUGUGAUUAUGUAUUACAAUAGUACCAAAGCUGGAGUCGACAUUGUGGACAAAAUGAAAGCUUCAUAUAAUUUCACGAUUGCACGAUUCAGCUGUCGAUGGCCCCUUACAGUCUUCUUCCACUUGCUAAACAUUGCUGGUAUCAACGGCUAUGUCAUUCACAGUGCAAACAAACAAGAAAAAAUGCGCAGAGCCGAUUUCUUGAAAGUUCUUGCAAAGAAUCUUAUCAAACCUCACAUGGAGAGACGAUUGAAAAUCAAGACCCUGCCAACUGUACUUCGAAAUUCAAUGGAAAAAUGCCUGGGUCGGACUGGAAGUAAAGGGGCCGAGCAAGAAGAUUCCACUGGGAAAUCAGAACGGUGUCACUUUUGUCCAUCACGUAAGAACCGAAAGACUCAAAGCAAAUGCUACAAUUGCGAGUUUUCUAUCUGUGGUGAACACACAAAGAAACUGUGUCGAGCUUGUUACGAUAAGUAUAAUGGCUAUGAUGACUAUUAA